CGAAGCUGACUGGCCGGUCAAGCCAGGGGAGCAGCGGCCGGAAAAGCCAGAGCUCAGAGUCCCGGAGGGGAUCUGCUGCUCAGGGGCGGCCUCGCCGGGGUCAGCGGAGAGAGCGGCCGUCAUGGACCGGUCCCGGCUGCAGCGCAGAGGCGGAGGGCUCGCCAUCUCUGAGCCCAUCAUGAAGACAGCGGCCCUUUUGCUACGAGGUUUCAUCUGCGAUGAAAUAGGAUCAAAAGCAGAGAGUGUAGCUGAGCUGGCCCGAGAGCAGGUGUCCCAGGACCCACACAUCCAACUACUGGUGGUAGUUCUCAGGCUCAUCGCACAAAAAAUGGGCAAGGACGAGGAGCUGCAGAGGUCAGUCACAGCAUUGGACGGAGUCCACACAGCUGCCAACUUUUUCCAGGUGGCAGGACAGAUCUUUUCAAACGGCAUCGCCUGGGGCCUGGUGGCUGUCCUUUUCCGCUUGGCCAGCAAACUGGUGCUCCAGGCCCUGAAUGACGACAAGCCAGAGCAGAUCGAGCUCAUCAUGGACUGGACACUGCACUUCAUUCAAGUGCGACUGCUGGCCUGGAUCCAGGCACAGGGUGGCUGGGAUGACAUCCUCUAGAAACAUGGAGAGACACUCAAGUGGACAGCAGUGGCAAUGGCCAUCGGGACCGGACUGCUUGCCUUAGCCGGACUCGGGCGAACUUAGGCUGAGGCCCCAGCUGCCUUCAUCUCUGUCUUCUCAGCAUGAAUAUGGCAUGUUUCCAUGAAGGCUGAGGCUAGAGGCCCAUCCUUCCUUUUGUAUUGCCACCCCUUCUGCCUGUUGCUUCCCUCUACUCCAAAUCAUUCAAGCUUCGCAGGGAGAACCCCAACUCUCAUUUUCUUACUUUUGGAAUGAUUGGGGGGGUUGGGGUGAUCUGGGGUAAUAAAACUUUCAGGCCACACUUCCUGUCUGUGUCAUUCGGCUCACUCCCUGGUUGGUUCCAUCUCUUUACUGGGGGCG